AUGUUCGGGAAAGUGCCGCCGUCGAACACGCCGGGUCCGCCUAAUAAUAACGGCGGCCAUCAAGCGUCAGCCAAGUCGUGCACCGGCAGGCCGGCGACGGCGUCGUGUCUGCCGUGCUUCUCGGUGGAUGAGACGCCAAUAGUGAGCGCCGACGACAAGGUGAGACCUUGGCGACCGACGAAGGACAACGGCGACGAUUUACCCGCCGUGGUCUCCGAGGCGCCAAGCAACUCCCUGCAACCGCCCGCCAGCUUGAUGAUGGACGCCACAUCCCUCGCGAUGGAGGAGCUGCCUAGACCCUGCCGGAUCGACAAAACGACGACGACCACCACGACGACAACGACGACCUGCGCAUCCGUUUGUUCCAAGACUCCGGUCAAGUAUUCGCCGAAGGAAAACUCGUCGCAAGUCGGCAGGAAUCACGCCAACGCGAUGCAGAAGUGUCCCUCCGGUCAGAACUGCUUGAAUUACGCGAAGACCGGUGGCGUCGGUAGGUCGCGACGACCCCAGUCCACCUCGACCGCGAGGAAUCUUAACGUCGAGUCGUGUACGAGAGACUACAAGACCGCGAAGAAGAUUGUUGCCGUUAAUCGAGAGCCUCCGAGCGGUAAGGAGCUGCAGCAUCAGGCGACGUGUAACGAGCAGCAGUUGAAGUGCUUGCAGGGAUACGCCCCGUCGGGCGGUACGGUCGCUGCCAAAUUAUCCUCCGCGAGGUCUUCCGAGACGAUCCACGCGUCGCUGCCGGGCGGAAAGAGAUCCAGCGACGAGGACCUCCUCCCGACGGACACGUGCGCGAAUUACUUCGCGAACGGCGCGUCUAACGUGCCGGUGGUAGUGAACGAGCAGUUGCACGCGCAUCAGAAGCCGGCGAUUCCGAAGACGGUCAGCGAGGACGUCAAGGACGCCGGCGCCGGCGACUCCGCCGCGACCGUCGCCACCGCGCCACCCUGCGAGGAUGACGCCUGCGACAGCGAUUUCUCCACCUCGACACCGUCCAGUGACUGGACGAGGAUCAGCAGCGACGCGCUGCAGCAGAGCUGCGCGAACUGCCUGCCGCAGGAUCUGCCGACGGAGCUGCAGUCGUCCACCUCGCCGAGGAGUUACAAGGAGCUCAAGGAGAAGUGCCGCGACUCCCUUUGGCGGCCCACGGAGAUGGCGGAGAGCGGCGCGGUGCACGGACUGACGGUGUGCUCGGGCGAGACGUUUCAGGACUCGAGCUCGAAGAGACGCACCGGUGCGUCCUGCCAGGCGCUCAGGCACGCCGUCGCCUCGCUGAACCGCCUGGAUGACUUCUACAUGGAGAAGAUCGGCGCGGGUUUCUUCUCGGAGGUUUACAAGGUUACUCACAAAGUGACGAGUCAGGUGAUGGUGCUCAAGAUGAAUCAGCUGGCGGCGAACAGGCCGAAUAUGCUCAAGGAAGUCCAGCUGAUGAACAAGCUCAGCCAUCCGAACAUACUCAGGUUCAUGGGAGUGUGCGUGCACGAGGGUCAGCUGCACGCGUUAACGGAGUACAUUAACGGCGGCAGCCUGGAGCAACUGAUCAUGUCGCGGCACACGCCGUUACCGCACCUCGUCCGGAUGAAUCUGGCGCGGGACGUGGCCCGCGGUAUGGCCUAUCUGCACAGCCGCGGCCUCUUCCACCGUGAUCUCACGUCGAAGAACGUGCUGAUCAAGAGGGACGAGUGCAGCAACGAGAUGACCGCGGUGGUGGGCGAUUUCGGGCUGGCCGCGAAGAUACCCGAUCCCAGCACGGGCUACCGGCUGAGCACCGUCGGCAGCCCCUACUGGAUGUCGCCCGAGUGCCUCAAGGGCCAGUGGUACGACCACAGGUCCGACGUAUUCUCCUUCGGCAUCGUCGUGUGCGAGCUGAUCGGCCGGGUGCCCGCGGAUCCGGACGUUCUGCCACGCUCAGAUAACUUUGGCCUCGAUUACCUGGCCGUAGCGGAGAUCUGCGCGGCCGCCGAUCCGCCGCCCGCCUUCCUUCAACUCGCCUUCAAUUGCUGCACGUACGAACCCAAGUCCAGGCCGACCUUUCCGGAAAUCACGACCAGCCUGGAGACUAUGAUAGCGGCCUUCGAGGAGGAGCUGAAGAGCAACAUCGGCAAACGGCAGUCGACCGUCGAUUCAACGCUGAUGUCCAGCAUGGACGAGAUCGCGCGGGAGGGACGCACGACGAAGCGGCGCACCGCGAAGCUCAGGAGCCAAUCGGCGGACGCGAGAGGUUGCGAUAACGCGACGCCGUCGGACAAGGCGAGAUGCCAUUCCGCCAGGCGAGUCGCCGAACUCGCCAGCCGUCGCGAUCCGCAUUACAGACCGAUGACGGCGAAUCCAUUUCACGCACUGGGCGGCGUCAAGAAAAUCCUCGGCGACCUGUUCUCCAGCUGCCUGGAGCUACCCUCGUUGGAGGACGUGCGGCCCAGCGUCACCGACAGCGCGUGCAGCAAGUUCAAGCCGGCGCAAAACGAUAGCAUUGCCAAGAUCCUCGACAGAAAGAAGCCAAAUUCCGAACCGAGUAGUCCUACCGCCAGGAAAAAAUGGGAGAGAAAGGUCGCUACCAAAGUAGGUGCCGUGAGCCUGUUCGCCCAUCCGCUCUUCCGGGACGGCUGGGAGCCGCGGAGACGCGGCAGCUGCGAGUCGGGCUUCUGGAGUUGCGUCGGCGAGGACCUGAGCCCGGAGCCGCCGAAUCGACGGCACACGUCCACUCUCAGCAGCUCGGCGGCGAGCAGCCUGUUCCUGCUGGACGAUCAUCGGACCAGUUCGAUCUACACGGACUCGUCCGAGGACAUUGCCAGCCUGGGCGGCGGCGAUUCCUGCUGGGAGGACCGUCUGAACGGCAUCGGCUCGUCGAGCAAGACCAUCUCGAAGAUCGUCGAGUACUUCGAGAGGAAGCAAGCGGGUAGACUCGGCGAUCACGGCGACGCCGCCGGUCCCAGCCGUCUGACGUUACUGCGGGCCAGUCUCGAGGGGCCCGUGCCCAUCAGCAGCAUCUCGGCCGCGCAACGGCUGGUCGUGUGCGAAGGUGCCGUGCGCAGUAAACUUGCGUUAUUUGACAAGAAGUGAUAUUACGCGUG